AUGGUCAACGCCCAAGGCUUCCCAUCUAUACGGGACGUGGAAGUGGCCUCGAAGAGUGACAAGAGGCUUGAAGAUCACCUCAGGCAGAUAGGGUGUCCAUGCACUAUGGUUGAACUGGACCCGGAGCUGGAGCGUAUGGGAGCAUCUGCUACGGCUGUGGUUCACACCAAUCAGCCUUAUCGUCCGCAUCUAGAGCAAAUACGGGAGAUACAAUCUGGAGAUGAUGUACCAGCACUCGGGGUCGCUUUCCUUAACGACGACGCAGCCUUGGCGACUUUCAGUCAGUUCGAGGCUGACCAAAUCGAUCGACAUGUACCCAAGGCAAAGACUAGGCUCAUUCUCUCUCUGUCACAGUCUAAGGGUAACUAA